GAUGGAAUUGCGGUGGCGUGUGAACUAAUCCACAGGAUUAUUCAUGUGAAUAAGGAAGAACACGAAGUCGUCGAUAAUUUUUAUCAGCUCAUAAAUAUUGAAAUAGAUCUUGUCAUCUUAUCAUACCUCUGGUUUUCGCAACUAUUUUCUAAUUAUUACGGAAUUUCAUCUAUUUAUGAAUUAAUGUUAAUUACUGGUGUUCCGAGAAGAUUCAUUGAACCUGAAAUAUUAUCAAUAUGGUACUGAACGAUGUUAACAAACUUGUUCACGACCUAGAAAAAACAGAGCUGGAGUCAACUACUGGGACAGUCUCAUCUCAAGUUUACUGUCAGUUACUGGCGGUUUAUCUCUAUCAGAAUGACCUGUGCAAUGCCAAAUUUCUCUGGAAGAGAAUUCCAGAUAGUGUGAAGAAUAGCUGUCAGGAACUCUCGCAAAUUUGGAAUGCUGGACAGAAAAUGUGGCAGCGAGAUUGGCCAGCGGUUCACACAGCUCUUAAUCUCGAGUGGAGUGAAUAUGUUCGUCACAUUAUGCAAGCAUUAAAAGAGAGUGUUCGUGAAAGGGCGAUGUCAUUAGUCUCCGAGGCUUACUCAUCCGUGGAUAUAUCAGUUCUUGCGGGGAUGACGGGACAGUCUCUAGACGAAGCUAAACAAUCAGUCCUGGAGCGAGACUGGAGCCUAGACGAGACAACUGUCAAGCCCUGUAAAAUGACGAAGGAGCAAGCCACCCCCAGUCCAGCCACCCUCACCGAGGAUCAACUGUACAAGCUUACUCAAUUCGUAUCUUUCCUCGAGAAUUAGAAAUUUUAUCUUAAUAAUUAAGAUAUUUAAGCAUUAACAAUGGAACGAGCAGGAGAUAAAAUCGGAAAGAAUGUGGAUAAAUUCCAGUUUUUUUCGUUUUUAUUUUAGCAACUUGUCGACUUGUCGCCCACAACAAUGUCCAGUAAUGCACUUAUUAAUUAGAUUAAUAAUAAAGUUUCAUAUUGACUCAUA